AGGUGGUGUCUAUUUGUGGUGGUGUGCGACUCUCACUCAUCACGGCAACACAGCCGAGUCACGUUGUCAGCUUAAAUAAUGUGUUCAUAACGGGUUAAGGAAAUUCCCUUUUGGCUUGUAUAGUGAAGCCAACAGAGCUCUGGUAUCAGCAGUUUUUCCAAAUUCAGGUAUCAGGAUCGGAUCGAACGUGGAAAAAUGUGGAUUGGUGAAUCCCUAGUUGCCGACAUGAGCGGGUUUCCACUGGAUAGUCGCCUCGCUACAUCGCGGUUCGAAUUUCAUGGCUUCAUUCUAUCAUGCUUUUCCAAAAUAUAUGAAUUAAUAAUUGAUGUUUUGUGGUUGAAUACGGCCCAUUUUUAGUCCAAAAAUAUGCAUAUUUAAGCACAUUUUACGUAUAUUUUUUUGCCUAAAUCAAGCAUUUUCAAGCAUAAACGUGGCUAAAUAAAGUAAAAUACAAAUAUAAGGCAUUCAGAAGACACAGUGAAUGAUAUGUAGUAUUCCACAUUGGUCACUAAAUGUCAGUAAUGUUCGGUGAGACACACAAGCAUCAUUAUUUCAUGUCUAGAGGGCACUAAUAAUGUUAACAACCGUAUUAAGAAGGUCGUAAACAGGUUUUCUGGGGUCUAACGAAGAAAAUAGUUGAUUUAUAAAUAAGGAAUCUUACUUUGCGGAACUUCACUUAUCACAGCUGGGCCUAGAAGCAGUUAACCGUGAUAAACGAGGGAUUACCGUACUGUGCAGUGCAUUGUGUUGCCUUAGCGAAGAAGAGUCAUGCAGUGGAAUUGUUCAAGUAAUACGUCUUAACGGUGUCAAACAAUCUUUGCAAAGGCAUAAUUGCGGACUCCGGAAACAAGUGCGAGCCAUCUAGCGAGUAUUCUAUCAGACCUGUCCGGGCGUGCUGUCCGUGGGGUCAGGGCCAUGGUGGAACUCUCUGUGCAGCUUGCCGGAGUGAAGGUCCAACACAAACUGUCUCAGCUUGCCAGGAACACUGCAAGCAGAACAUGUGAUGAGUCCGCAGGGAGGACAUUCCUGCACACGACAGACAGAUCGAGACAGACAAAAGACCAUGGCGGCGGAUAAAGUCUCCUGCAUGAAUCCAUAAAGCGGCGAGAGCUGCCCGUCCGGCUUAUUAAUGACAGGUCAUGAGCGGCUGUCAUGUCACACACGGCGGCACUCGGGCCGCGGCCCCGGUGGACGCUCGUGUGUGCGAGAGGGGUGCAUUAGUGCAUACAUAUAACAUACGCUGUGCUAAUGCAAUUUCAAGCUGUGUGCCACACGCGGCGGUGAUGUGAUGCAAUUAGGCCGUGCGCGGCUGGUCAGUCCUCGGGGCUUCUGUCUAUGUGAUCAGGCUCUGAUUGGGCCAGAAUAAAUAAGAGCAAAUUUCAUUAGAAUGGAUUAGUUUAGCACUUAUUGCCCGCGCCAAAUCAUGUCACAUUAGCGCCGCUGUCCUGGCCCAUUCAUAAAGGACGCAUUUUCACAGGGGAGGGGGGUGAGACAGUUUUUUUGGCUGGUGCCCAGUAGCGUAUUGUGGUGCACGCGUGCACAAUAAAAGCUGCUUUAUUUGGGAAGACGAGACAUCAUUAAGCAUGUCGGUGUGGGCCAAUAACGAGCCCAAAACGCACCAAAAGAGGUCAAAUCAAUCAUAGGGCUGUGACACGGCCAGGGAGGGGUGCCACUUCUGGUCACUUUUCAUUACAUUUUCUUCAUUGCUUUUACAUAAUGUAAUUAGUGGACACUCAUUUCAACAAAACCUAUUUUCAAGUUGUGUACACUCAUUAGGCGCAUGCAAAUUUGCAGAUUUUUUAUUUUAAAAAGUAAUAAUUUAUACAUGAAUGUAUAAAUAUGUGAUAAUACAGGUAAAAUAUACACCAUACAUUACCACUGUUUAAAAAAAAAAAAUCCACAAUUUUUACAUGUUUUUUUGUCAAAGCGUCACGAUCUCGCACUUUGUUCAGCGCUCCUUGAACUCAACUCAACCCGUGACGCCGAUUCAUCUGUUCAUUAGUGGUUGGUACCUAUAACUUUUAUACUUUCACAUGUGUGAGGCGUCGGGCAUCUCGUCAGGAUGCAUCCCGGAGGUGUUCAGGGCACGUCAGACAUUAGGUGGCCCUGGGAAAGACCCAAGACGCAUUGGAGAGACUAUGUCUCUCAACUGGUCUGGGAACGCCUCGGGAUCCGAACAACAAUCCCAACACUGGCAAUUGAAGAGAGAAGGGGAGAGUUCUGGAGAUGAAUCUACUGUAAUAAUAAGGGGCGCAGCUUGCCGGCAGGCAACUACUUGGGGCUCCUGAGACUACAACAGUCGCUUCUAUUGCAAAUGUGGAUCCAAAAUCAAAGGAGAACAUCAAUGGCAAGCUAUCGAUAGGGUUUGGAGGGGCAGAAACAAGCUAAAGCUGUUAAAAAUACAUGAUUCUUGUCAUUUGCUGGUGGGCAUGGUAUGUAACUCCCGCAAAAAGAUGGAUCUACUGUACGCUAAUGAGAGCCCAAACAAGCCCUGUAUCAAAUAUUCUGCCUUUACAAAGAUGAUGAUGCACUGUGAGAUAGAUUUUACAGUGAAACAGGGUUUACGUCGACAUAAGCGGUUGUCGACAUAACCCUUCCUGCUGGUUGUUUUGAUAGAUUUUGAAAUAACCACUAAUGUGCUUUUGCAAAAACACGCCAACGAUACAAAAUCCUCAUGGCGGUUUUUGUGAUGCUGCUUCAAAUGCGCGAUUAAACUUCCCCGGUUCUGUGCCACCACGGGAGGUUUGGGAUUCAGCUGCAACGUCUUUUUCGGGACUUGGGAAAAAAAAAAAUAUUGCCACCUGGCCAACAUCACUACCACUCCAUCCUGAACACUAGUGAGAUGAGACGACGAGUCCACGAGAACGGGAUGAGAUGAGAUUUUAAAAUUAAUUUUAAGAAAAGUACAAUGAAAAAAAUAAGACCGGGCAAACCUAUUUAGCCGAGUCACUAAACAAUGCAGGUGUGUUUUGAAAUGUGUGUUGUCCCACGAAUUGAUCAUUUUUUGAGACCACAUAAACCACUGUUAUAAUAUUUUGUAAUAAUUCCCUUUUAUAUGUCAUCUUUCACUGUUGUAAAGCUGUGGGAUGGGCAUUAGUGGCAUGUAUUUUCUCACAUGCAAUUUAUACUGUGUCAAACAUUUGCAGCAUUUCUUGAAAUGCCAGCUUUUCAACUGUAUUAGCAUUUCUUGAAAUGCCAGCUUUUCAACUCUAUUAAAGAGCAGCUUUUCUUUUGCCAUGACUUUCUGUGAACGCACAACAUUUAGCGCUGUUCCGCUUGUAUUUACUUUGCCGACCAAACGUCUCAGUGAGUGUUUACUGUCGGGACGAAGGCUCUGCAUCUGAAUGUGCGACCUGCAUGGGUGGAUGUGUUUGAGGUGGGCAAGUUUGUUUUGUUGCCUUUUAUGUUGCUACCACUUUCAAAUAAAUUCGCCAUACUGGCUCAUUGAUGGGCUCACUUUGCUCAUUAAUAUUCCCAAACGGAGGUGGCUGCUGAGGUAUUUGGCUUUGUAAAAGUCUUUUUUUCUUCCUAAUUUCUACUACGUUACCUUGCAUUGCUCCUCAUGAGCCUCCACUCUUUUGCUGUGUGUGUGCUAUCAGCCCCGCCUCUUCCAGAGACAAAGCGACUUCACGUCUGACAAGAUGACUCACUUUGUUUGCCGUUAAGGUGCUGAACCACUGCACAGAGUGAACCCUCUUCCUGCCUGUUUUGAGGCGAGAGACAAGGAAAACAGGACGCGCAUGCACAUGGCAAUAUAUGGAGGCCGGCAAAAUUAUUCAGUUCAUUUUCAUUUAUCGUGUGAUUCAUUGAUAGAUUUAUUACCGCUUUUUCGGAACGACAACUCUCGUGAGAUUUUAAUCCUGCAAGACCUCAUGACAGCCCUACUAAACACUUUUGUACUGAUCACAUGGGCUCUGCACAGAAGUGCUGGCAUGGAAUCUGGAACGAACUGCGUGCAUCGCCGAUCUUGCAAUCCGAUACUAUCCGAUAUCCGAUUAAUUUGGGACCGUGCGUGGGUUCUCUCCAGGCACGGUCUCCUCGUUUCUCCAUGUUUCUCCUCGUAUGCGCUGAAACCAUGCAUGUUAGGUUAACUGCCGCUCUAAAUUGUCCAUAGGUAUGAAUGUGAGUGUGAAUGUUUGUCUAUAUGUGCCCUGUGAUUGGCUGGCGACCAGUCCAGGGUAUAUCCCGCCUCUGGCCCGAAGUCAGCUGGGUCAACAUACCCCCGUGACCCUAGUGAGGAUAGGCGGCAUAGAAAAUGGAUGGCUGGAUGGAAUUUUGCAUGGGGACACCCCUAAUCAUUGUUAUUUUAUUGUUUUGUUCUGUCAAAAUUGAGCAUUAUCAUCUUUGUAAAGGCAGAUGUUGUAGCUAGAACUACACUGGAAUAUAUUAGGUGUACCUAACGGUGUGGCAAGACAGUGUUAAUACCUCAUCCGGGGGUGUUACGUUCUCAUCGCCGUAUAUUUGCAUGUUUGUUGUGCAACAAAAGCUACUUGUUUGCCGAUUGCCACAAAACUUCAGAGAUACAGGGUGUGGGGCAAGGAAGGACCGAUUCCGUCUUGGUGAAGAUCGUGGAUCGUUAUGUUCACUUUGGUGUAUACUACCAACAACCUUUUCACCAUUUCUCAGUGACUAACGUGUGAAUGGGAAGCUUUGACAGAUUGUCAUUCUGGUUUGAAGAGCGUUUCCUGAGAAAGGAGGUACUUACUUGAUGUCCCUGAAGUCAGGAAACACAUACAUGUGCCUGAAUGAGUCGAUGGCGAUAACGGGACAGUCGGCCGGAGUCUUCUGGAUGUGGAGGAGAGGAUGGCGGAACUUGUCGCAGUCCGCGUGCAGGAAGUUGAUCGACCCUGAGCAACACAGAGACAAGGUGGACGUGACGGAACUCACGCGACGCUUGAACGCAUCAGUCGGAAAGCGACACGGCAACGGACGAUGGAGGACGAUGAGUGUCUCCUCCCUUGUUAGCCACGGUAAUAAACAAUUACAUUUGUUAAAGUGGAGACUGAGGAGUUUUCAUGGUAUCUUCAGUUUUCAUGAUGUUUGAUACUCUUAUCUAACAGAGAUGCUGCGUUGUAUGUCUUGCCUAUGAUGACAAAAGUCAACAACAAGACACAUGUCGACUUAAAACGGGCCCAUUUUUUCCAGAAAUUGCCUUUUUGGCUCUCACAUUUUACGUCGACAGCGGACACUUUUUAGUAAUAAUAUGAACACGGUGGACUGGGACUUGAUGAUCCUGUAAUAUUCUGACAUUAUUAUAACUGUUUCCCCAACCUACUUUUCCAGAAACUACAACUUUAUUUUGUCUUGUUUGUUUCUCAGAAUAUUCAGACUUCUAAAUAUAAAAUAAAAUAUUUUUUUUCUAUAAUAUUUCAACACUAUGCAGGGUUUCCCUUAGAAUUUUUGACGCUGUGGUAGUGGGCUGUAUGGGAUGGCGGACUGCCGCCGCUGUGUCAUGCUGCUGCUACGUCUGCAUUUUUUUAAUGACAAACAGCUAUUUAUGACUUAGUUAUUAACUUACAGGCGCGGAUUUAGUUUUUUUCCAUAUCACGACGUUAUUCUCAUAUUUUGAAUUGUACGUGUAUUUAUAUGUGUGUAUUUUAUUCUUGUACAAUUACAGCUGUUUUUUCCCAUUUCUGCUGCUAUUUUUUUGUUUUCUUGUUAAAUUAUAUUUUCAUAAAGUGCUGCGGGCCAAUAAAAAAACAGCUGCGGGCCGCAAAUGGCCCCCAGGCUGCACUGUGGACACCCCUGCUCUACAGCAAUGUGAAAAUUGAUACCAAUAAUCCUCACCUUUCUCGCUGAUGAGCUGACGAGCCACUUCAUGCUGAAACUUUUCUAAGCUCUCGUUGUCUUCCUUGAGAUGGAACAAGAUGAGGAACGGGAUGCCCUCCUCAGUGAGCUCCUGUGAAAUACACACACGCAAUCGACGUUAAAAGAUGACAGCCUUCAUUAAAAGAUCUUGCUGCUGAUGAUGAUGGGACAAACCUCUCCGUUUUCAAAAGUGAUCUCCCUGACCAGAGGCACACACUUGUCCUGGGCCCAAGCGUAGGUCAGGUCAAAGUUGGUGAGGGAGCCGAGGUAGACCAUGUCGGGGACGCUUUCACCCAUCGGCUUGUAGAUGACGUUGUCGCCGCUGAAGCGCUCCGACUCGGACGCCGAACUGGAGGGCAGGACCAUUCACAUCAAGCUCACGCCGUGUGCACGGAGCCACCGUGGGGAGGGGGGCAGGGAAAGAAAAACACUCACCCAAAUGCAGCCAUGAAGACGCAGUCAUCUCGAAGGAUGUUGGCAACUUUUUCGUAAGAGUGGUAGUUGUCCGAGUCCUUUUUUUCAAAGUAACCUAUGAUGUUCCUUUUGCUUCUCUGUGAAAUGACAGCAAGUAUUGCUUUGCAGUGUCGCAUUCUCAAAGGACAAUGCAGUCGUCCCUCGCAAUAGUGCGGUUCAAUUAUCGCAUUUUCAGAAAGAAAGAAAUGAUCGCUGUUUUGUGGUAGACUGUGGUCUAUUAUUAGUACAAAACAUAUUGAAAUACAAGUGAUAUGUAGUAUUCUGGUCACUAGGCAGCAGUAACGACACAAACCAUUGAGACAUUAGAUUACGCCGUAUGAAGUCAUCAAGUCAGUCAUGUCAUGUCAUGUCGGGGGGGGGGGGUGAGUCCCCUCCCAUUCUGUGUGAAAGUGGUAAAUUUUUGGCUUCUUAAGUUUAGAAGAAAUAAAUUAGAGGCUAACUGGUUAGCUCGCUAGCUAGUGGCUGUUUCGAGGCCCUGCAGCGUAAGAGUUGCGCAAUGUGUCGUAAACAAUGAAUAACAGGAGUGUAAAGGCGACGAUAGGCGUGUUUAUUUCAUGUCUACAGGGCUCUUAUAAUGUUAAAAACCAUAUUUACAAAGUCAUAAAGAGGUUUUCUAUGCUCUUUAUUGCAAAAACAUUCCAUCUAUUCACACUGAAUCCUAUAUUGCGGAAAUUCAUUUAUCGAAAUCGGGUGGGGAACCAAUUAACUGCCAUAAACGAGGGACGACUGUACUAUAGAAACUCAACUACCGGUAAUAUGAUUUAGAGCAGUCAGUGUACAGCUUGUAAAGCAGUAUGGAUUUACUGUCACCACACAGCAGUUAUUGUUGAAACAGCUGGCAACACAAGUGCGUACAGCUCACAGUCAACAUGUCCACACCAUUGUUAUCGAGCACUGCCUUGAUCCUCUUGGACAUGGACUUGACCAGAGCUGCACAGAUUGCUACUGGAAUCCUCUCCCACUCCUCCACGAUGACAACAACGGUGGACGUUAGACACUCUGCACUCCUCCAUCUUCAUUCCUCUUGAUGCCCCCACAGGCGCUCGGUUCACCUUCACUUUCUCAACAAGGCGGUUGUCAGCUUGGAGGUGUGUUUAGGGUCUUUAUCAUGCGGCCCAAUUUCCCAAGGGAGGGGCUUCGCAAUGCCACGGCACGUGCUGGAAUUCAUGUUUCCCCCUCAAUGAACCGCAGCUCCCCAGUGGCGGCAACACUCGUGCAGCCCCAGACAAUGACACCACCACCACCACCACCACUAAUGUGCUUGACAAUUACCUUGCGACUCACUUCUAUUAUACUCUUUAGUAGAAAAUAAUCAUUUUCAGUGGACGUCUGUACAAGCUGUACACUGACUACUCUUAUGUGCCAAUCUACAGUACACAAACGUGUGUUGUUGCCGCUCACAUCCACAGCUUUCAGCUCCUCCAGCGAGUGAAUCUCUUUCACGGGGUCCACCUGCUGCUGGCGUAUGAAGUCAGCGAUCGCCGCCACCGACCUCUGACCUCUGUACUCCCUCUUCAUCAUCAUGCCGUUGCGGAACAGCUUCAGCGUGGGGUACUUGGUGAUGCGGUAGCGCUGGGCUAUGGCCGCUACGUGGAGGCAGAAGGAGAAGUUGGAGAGGAAGAAAUCGAUUGAUGAAGAGGUGUAAAGCGUAAAACGGAGUCGCGGCGGCGGAGUUAAACCACAAGGCUGAAGACACAACCUUCAGACAGCUCUGAGCUCUGAUCUCCCACAUGAAAGCCGCCCCCCCACCAGGGGGAAACGUUCGUUUCCUCAAGCUGCUGCUGUCCCGACACGCUAACUGGCUGCAGAAAGACUUGGAAGAGAUGACCCCGCUCCACCUCGCCACACGACACCCUUCGCCGAAAGCACUAGCGCUGCUGCUCAAACACAUCGGGCCCGGAGAGGUUGACACGCAGGACAAGAACAAGCAAACUGCCCUGCAUUGGUCGGCAUUUUAUAACAGACCGGAGCAUGUCCGCCUCCUCAUCAAGCACGACUCCAACAUUGGGAUCCCCGACAGCGAGGGCAAGAUCCCCCUGCACUGGGCCGCGCACAGUCAGGAGGCCAGCGCGACACAAACUGUUCGCUGUAUACUGGAGGCAGCCCCAACCGAGUCCCUGCUGAACUGGCAGGACUACGAAGGUCGGACACCACUGCACUUUGCCGUCGCAGACGGCAAUGAGGCAGUAGUGGAGGUACUGACGUCCUACGAGGGUUGUAACGUGACAGCUUACGACAACCUCUUCAGAACUCCACUGCACUGGGCCGCCCUGCUCGGCCACGCCAAAAUUGUCCACCUGCUUCUAGAGAGGAACACGUCAGGCACCAUUCCCUCAGACAGCCAAGGAGCGACACCCUUGCACUAUGGAGCUCAGAGCAACAAUGCUGAGACAGUAGGUGUGUUUCUAUCCCACCCAUCAGUGAAGGAUGAGCCUGAUCUGGAGGGUAGGACGGCCUUCAUGUGGGCCGCCGGCAAGGGCAGUGAUGAUGUCAUCCGCACCAUGCUGGACCUCACACCUCACAUUGACAUCAACAUGGCCGACAAGUAUGGCGGCACAGCACUGCAUGCAGCCUCCCUUUCAGGCCACGUGAGCACCGUGAAGCUGCUGUUGGAGAAAGGAGCCAUGGUGGACUCUCUGGAUGUGAUGAAACACACGCCGCUGUUUCGUGCUUGCGAGAUGGGACACAGGGAUGUCAUCCUCACACUCAUUAAAGGCUCUGCCCGUGUGGACCUGGUGGAUGUGGACGGCCACACUGCUCUGCACUGGGCCGCUCUGGGAGGGAAUGCUGAAGUCUGCCAGAUUCUGAUGGAGAACGGGAUCAGUCCUAAUGUACAGGACCAAGCGGGGCGGACUCCUUUGCAGUGUGCAGCUUAUGGCGGCUACAUCACCUGCAUGGCUGUUCUCAUGGAGAACGACGCUGAUCCAAACAUACAGGACAAAGAGGGCCGGACCGCUCUCCACUGGUCCUGCAACAAUGGCUACCUGGAUGCCGUGAAGCUGCUGCUGGGCUACAAGGCAUUUCCUAAUCAGAUGGAACACACAGAGGAGAGGUACACUCCACUGGACUACGCUCUACUGGGGGGUCACAGCGAGGUGACUCAGUUCAUGUUGGAGCACAGCGCUCUGUCCAUCGCCGCUAUCCAGGACAUCGCCGCCUCCUCCAUCCAAGCCGUCUACAAGGGCUACACAGUCCGCAAGGCCUUUAGGGAGAGGAAGCAGCUCCUCAUGAGGCACGAGCAGCUACGCAAAGACGCAGCCAAAAAGCGAGAGGAGGAAGUGCGGAGGAGAGAAGCCGUGCUGCAAAUCUCUAUGGCCACGGCGGAGAAACGACAAUUGUCUUUGGAGAUGGCCAAACAGGAGAAGCUCUCCUUCGAGAACCUGAUGGCAGAUUUAUCCGUGAACGACUCACUGGUGGAGACAAAGAAACUGGCUAAACCUGAACGGAAGAGCAGAGAGGAGAGACACAAAGGCCACCGAAGCAGAUCCACGAGGAGGAAAGCAGCUGAUCCGCCGGACUCUGUGAGCCCUCAAAGUCACGUGACCUGCGAUACGACAACGCCAGGUGUACCUGUCGCCAGCAGACGGAAGGACAUGCUCUCUCCAAGCAGCCGAGCAGCGUGCAGACCCUCCUCCACGGCCAAAGUCAGGGAACUAAGACCUUCUUCUAGCACCCCUUCCAUGAGCGCCGUUUCCAGGGAGAGCAUCGCUCCGAAAAAGACUGAUCCCCUGAAGCACAGGCACCGCAAGCACGCUCUAGAAAACACCAAAGAUCUCACAUCGCCUUCGAACAGGAGAAGCCCUUCAGGAAAAGCACAGAACGCCACGCACGCGGCGAGGGGACACGACAGGGAGCAGCGCAGGAGGAGACACGAGGCAGCGAGGGUCAUCCAGCGAGCGUGGCGAAGGCUCCUCGCACGCAGACACACACAACAAGGCCAGGCCUGCAAAGGGGCGGAGUUAAGCGACCUGAGCCACGCCCUCACCAGGAAGAGGAAGACUGAGGUGCGAGCUUCGUCUGCUAAACCUGCGGCCAGUAAGACCUCGGUGCUGCAAACCAUUUAUGGAAACUCCAUGGCCAUACGGCGACCUUCACUUCGAGGGUCUCAGCUGCUCUUGGACCUUCCUCUACGUACUCAAAGCCAGCUGAGCGGUUUGGACCACGUGCACCUGACUGAAGCCGUCACUCAAGCCAGGCAGUUCUCUUACAACCUGAGGCCACAUAGCGCUGGGCAGGGGGGCCGGGGCCAACCAGGAAAAAAAUGACACACACACUCACACACAGAUGUUUUCAUGUUUUCUCAGCUGGCUGUAAACCCUUAGAAUUACUGUACGCAUUGUUCGCUGGAGCGCGCCGCUUUCUAAAAUUAAGCCGCGUGACAUCAGAGGCAUGACCUCACAGGGCGGGGGUUAAGUCUACAGAAAGGACGCGUGUAAAAAGAGCGUGUAAAAAGAUAACCUUUCUUCCAUUGUGAGACAAACACGUACACAACUCCGCCCCCACUCCUUGGUUGGCGCUCUGGCUCACACACUGAGAUAACCUUUCCUCCUGUUGUGGAGAAUGAGGCGGUCUAUCAACAGCCGCUCAUACAGAUAGCCCACCUGCAGACACACACACACACACACACACACACACACACAAAUGCUAACACGUAUCAAAAUGCAUUCCUUCUCAUGUUUUUUGUGUUAAAACACAUUUGUACACACCUGAGUUACACCUCAGUGUCAUUAUUGCUUUUUAUGACAAUAUUAAUUGGAAAAAAAAAUGGACACAAAAUGCGUGUCAUUGCUUUUAUUUUUUUUCAUUUUUGUACCCAACAAUCAACAUUUCUACAUUUCAAAGCAUGGCUCUUAAAACAAGCGUUUAUUUAUUGCCACAAUAAAAAAGACAAACAUGGUUCCACUGUCUCUUGUCCAAAGCACAGUUGCCGUUGAGGUCUGUAGAAGUGUUUUUGUGUGUGUGUGUGUGUGUGUGUGUGUGUGUCGCAUGUUUGUUGAUUGUGUUUGUCUUGCGUGCGAUCAGUAGAUGUCUCGAAGGUUGCCCCGGUGCGCCGACGUGCCGUGGGCCACGGUGACGCUGUAACAGUAGAGCAGGUCGGUCAGCCAUUGCUCCCUGGUCGUGCCGCGGGAGUACCUCUGUAACACACACACACACACACACACACACACACACACACACACAUUUUGAGACACUUUUUUUUUUUUUUCCGCGCAGGUCUGUGUCAGCAGGUCACUGGUAUGUGUAAGCGACCGGAGGAAAAGCUCUGACUCGCUUGAGAAGUUUGCUGGUUUGUGUGUAUAAUUGUCUAAAUCCUGAAUAUAAAACAACCAUUGUUCUGACUUUUUUCGAGGGAGGAAAUCACAUCUUACAUGUGAUGUGGGGGAAUAUGGGAAUAAAUAUGGGAAUAAAAGUACAGUGUUGUGAUGUUUGCCCCCCUUCCUGAUUUCAAAUUUGGCAUAUCACACUUAAAUGUUUCAGAUCAAACAAAUGUAAAUAUUAGUCAAUGACAACACAACUGAACACAAAAUGCAGUUUUUAAAUGAAACUUUUUAUUAUUAAGGGAGAAAAAAAAACUCCAAACCUACAUGGUCCUGUGUGAAAAAGUGAUUGCUCCCUAAACCUAACAACUGGUUGGGCCACCCUUAGCAGCAACAACUGCAAUCAAGAGUUUGUGAUAACUUGCAAUGAGUCUCUUACAGCGCUGUGGAGGAAUUUUAGCCCACUCAUCUUUGCAGAAUUGUUGUAAUUCAGCCACAAUGGAGGGUUUUCCAGCAUGAAGCGCCUUUUUAAGGUCAUGCCACAGCAUCUCAAUAGGAUUCAGGUCAGGACUUUGACUAGGCCACUCCAAAGUCUUCAUUUUGUUUUUCUUCAGCCAUUCAGAGGUGGACUUGCUGGUGUGUUUUGGAUCAUUGUCCUGCUGCAGAACACAAGUUGGUUUCAGCUUGAGGUCACCAACAGAUGGCCGGACAUUCUCAUUCAGGAUUUUUUGGUAGACCGCAGAAUUCAUGGUUCCGUUUAUCACAGCAAGUCUCCCAGGUCCUGAAGCAGCAAAACAGCCCCAGACCAUCACACUACCACCACCAUAUUUACUGUUGGUAUGAUGCUCUUUUUCUGAAAUGCAGCGUUACUUUUACGGCAGAUGUAAUGGGACACACACCUUCCAAAAAGUUCAAGUUUUGUGUCGUCAGACCACAGACUAUUUUCCCUGAGGUCUUGGGGAUCAUCAAGAUGAUCAAGUGAAGCCUGCAGUAAUGCUUUAAUGGGGGGAAAUCACAUCCACACAGGGCCAUGUAAGUUUGGAUUUGUUUUCCCCCAAAAAGUUUCAUUUAAAAACAACUGCAUUGCAUGUUCAGUUGUGUUGUCAUUGACUAAUGUUUGAAUUAGUUUGAUGAUCUGAAACAUUAAAGUGUGACAGAAAAAACACGUUUUCACACCACCAUAGAUAGUUCAUUUGCUUUGUAGCAUGAAGGUAGGAAAACAGGUUGGAUUCCAGACUGCUGGGAAAAAUAUCCCAGGUGAAAACGUCCAACCGCAAUGUUCCAGUCGAAAGUAAACUUCAAAUAUGGCCGACAAACUCGAUAACCGUGAUGUUGCGCAUUAAAGAUACAUUACAGUUGAAUGGUGUAAAAUGUUUGCAACAGACAUUCCCUUUUUGGGGCUUCGUUCAUCCUAGCAAAUUACUUCAUGCAAAGAGGAUACGGCGACAUAUCUUGGCACCACUUUCCAUUGUGAAUAGGUUCAUGUCUCGCAGAAAGGAACGCAUGCAAGUUGACAUAACCGGAAAUAUGAGACAGUAUUUGGCCCUCCUGAAAAAGACAGGAGAUUUAUUUAUCCACCCAAACCAGAAGGUCGCACCAAAACUUCUCCCCAAGCGAGUCAGAGCUUUUCUUCCUGUCACUCACACACAUACCAGCAGUGGCGGGUCUAGCUUCAAUGGCGUCCUGUGCAAGACCCCCUUUUGCCAGACCCCCCCGCAAAUAAUGCACAUGCAGAAAACCACCGCCGCACACUGGCCAAUCAUCGUCAUUUUCAGCAAUCAAAAUUUGUCCCUGAGCAGCGCUCAAAUGUGCAUGUCAACUGCCCAACUAAUCAGAUGUGUCCCUGCAUCGUGUGUCCUCAUGUCCUCACUCCCUAGUUUACAUCGACAGGGAUGUCGACUUGUGACGGUCAUCUCUCAUUGAUUUGGUUUUGAGACCAUUUUUUCAUUAUCGUCAUGAGAGGUGUAAUUCACAUUUGAACCACUAGGUGGUACUCAAGUAUAGUGUACCAGUGUGAGCCACAUUAGCUUGACACAGACGUUGCCCGUACGUAUGUUGUUUAAAAUGUACGCCAUAUAACCGUAUUGAAUGGUUGCAUUUCUUUUGCAAUGUAGCGAGCGACACUGUCUGUGAGCGCGCACCAUUUUGCACUGUUUUGUUUCUAUUUGCCCCAGUAAACAUUGACUGUCGGGACGAAGGCUCCGCUGCCCGAGGGCACCUCCAUCGGUAGGUUUUUUUUCCCCCAGUUGAGAAAACUGUCUGUGUCGGUCGUCGGUGUUCAUGCGCUCACCGUGUUCAUUCUGUUUAAAACCGAAAUAUUCCCACACUGGGGCUGUCGGCUGGGGCACUCACCUCAGAAAUUAGUCAAAUGAAACUGUAUUUUUUUUUUUUUUUUACCAAAUUAAGCAUUUUAAAGCAUAAAAAUGGCUAAAUGAACUAAAAUACAAAUAUAAGCCAUUAAGACGAUGAUUGAAAUUGUGAAUGUAGUAUUCUACAUUGGUCACUAGGCGUCAGUAAUUGUUCGGUUAGACAAGCACCAGGCUUGAUUGCCGGAACAACAGGCUUUUAUUGCAUGUUAAAAUGAUCUCAAAUCAGGCCCAGUAAUAAUAAUAAUAACAACAACAACAUAAUAGUAACACAGGCUACUGUUGCGGCCAUAAACCACAAGAAGCUAAAACUCAAUUCUGAACCCCCGAUGCCACACUCUCCUCUCCUCGGGAACACGUCUUAAAUGGCUUAUUUACUCUCAUAUACAAUAGCUACUAUACUGGGUAAUACGAGUGUAAAGGCGACUAUAUGGCUGUUGUUUCAUGUCAAGAGGGCUGUAAUGUUACAAACUGUACUUUGAAGAGAAUAAACAGGUUUGUUAUGCCAUAAUUAUGGAAAUAUUCAAUUUAUAAAGAAGGCUUUGUGGAAAUUCAUUUAUCACGGUUGGGUCCUGAACCAAUUAACAGCGAUAAACAAGGAUUACUUUGUAACAGGGGUCGCUAACCUGUUGAUCGUGAGCUACUAGUCGAUCUUUGAAACUUUGCCAGUCGAUCACGAGAACAUUUGGGGGAAAAAAAAAAAAAGGAUCACAGCAAUGCCCUCACCUUCCGGCAAGCAAACAACAGGCACGCAUUUUGUGCACUGAACACGCCCGUACGCCUUGUCGCUAUCCAGGCAGCAACCCGCAAGCCCCAGCAAGGAGACCAGUACAACCCUCGACCGGAGGUACACUCGUACACCGGCUCACUUCAUACACCGCCUCGCCCGCCCGCGCUAGCAAAAAGGUUGAGCGAGAGAGGGAGGGAGUGACAGAGCGCAUGCAGCGAUGUGCCUGCGCAUCCAUCCAUCCAUCCAUCCAUCCAUUUUCCUCCGCUUAUCCGGAUCCGGGUCGCGGGUGCAACAGUCUCAAUAGUGAACCCCAGACUUCCCGGUGCCCUGCCACCUCCUCCAGCUCCACCGGGAGGACACCAAGGUGUUCCCAGGCCAGCUGUGAGCCACAACCCUUCCAGCAUACAACAGUAAUUACUGCACGUUAAUAGGGCUCAAAUCUGCCUUUGCUACCUCAAAGUUAGGACACAAAUAUUACUCCAUAGACGUGCACCUCCAUAAAAAUCUUUGAAGCCGCUCGUUAAGGGCUGACAGUUGUAGCACACAUACACCCCUUGUUGGGGGGGAGAUUCUUGGUCUCAAACAGGCUGGUGACCACUGCUUUAUAAUAUGUACCGUGAGGUGUUGUAUCAUUUCUUGCAGUAGAGUGGUGUUGGCCAUCAGCUGGUUGGUCAGCGGCGUGUGCUGCAGAAGCAUGGUCAAUAUCUGUCCCAGCUGCGGCAGCUCGCCUUCACUCAAAUCCCCCACACGCAGCUGCAAAACCAUCCUCAGCAGGCGGGGCACGGUGCUCAGUGCCGUCACGCACGCCACCCAAAUGGCCUCCCUGCAAUAAGAACCCAAAGGUGUUAAAAGCGCCCUUCCUUCUAGGCGUUUCAUCACCGAUGAGGCCAGCAAGGAGAUGAUAGGGACCUUUUGUGGUGGCUGUUGUCAGGCGCCUCCUCCUGCCGCUCGGUGACCAGCAGAGUCAGCAGGCUGAGGCAGCACCGCGACAGGAAGCGCAGCACCGGUUCAAUGGGAAGCAGCGACAGGUCCAUUAGUUUGGAAACAGCUCUGAGCAGGCUGGCUGCCAUGCUGUCAGGCACCACCCUCAGCUUUGUCUAAGACACACAUACAGCACAUUGUUAGCUAACAGCCUCGAGAUGUGCAAACGUGUUGUUUGGUUCUCACCAGGUACUCGUAGAUGCCAUUUUGUAGGAUCUCAAAGCACUGAGACUUCGAACCCAGAGUUUCCAGACGGUGACACACCUCCUGUACAUGGCGAUAAAGUUGAUAUUAAUAGAAAAGCACGCACAAACCCAGACGAACACGGUGGCUACAUUUGAAAUCAUUAUUUGCAGCACACUCAAUUGAUUAUUUGAAGUACAUGCUGGAAUUCUUGUUUCGCCUCAAUCAACCGCAGCUCCUCAGUGCCAGCAGCACUCUUGCAGUCCCAGACCAUGACACUACCACCGCGACACAAUUAUCUUGCUACUCACUUG